AUGUAGUUAUUGUACUUGUAAAUUUGAAUCAAUCUCCCAAAAGUUCAAAACAAUGUCCUCUUAGUCUAUUUUCUGGCCAUCAGACAAACCACACAAUAAUAUUAAUUAUAGUUAAAGUCCAUUGAAUAUCGUUGAAGGUGUCCAAAACAAUGGCCGUCUUGGAAUUUACCACGGGAUUCCUAGGUUUGUCAGUUUGUCUGUCUUGAAGAAGCUUCGUUGCAUUUCCGACGCCACCUGAAGGCAGCACAAGUGAAACGACAAGAGACGAGAAAUAGAGAGCGAGGAGAGGGAGGGAGACAUUGAAACACUGAGGGGAGAGAGAGAGAGGGGAGGGAGGACCUGUACUGUUCAGCAACACAAGAAGACAGAAAUUCGCCAGAGAUAAUAAUAAUAAGACUCAAUCAGGACGAUUUGAGCAAAGUUGAUCCGCGGGUCGCUGCUGUCAGCCGCUGCAGCGGUGAUAGCGUUCCUCUCUCAUCUCCGCUGGAUCCGGACUCUUCACGUUUGCUUUUUUGGAGAACUGCACCGGUCCUUUUGCGUGUGUGUGCGAGCGUGCGUGCGUGCUUGCGCGCAUGUGCGCGCGCGCGUCAGCGUUUGUGCGCGCGCGCACGACUGAUCGCAGCUCAGCGGUGUUACAACUGCUCCCACUCUGCCGUUACACAAGCGCACAAACCCUCUUACAACGCUGCUCGGCGGCAAUAAACGAGCCGACUUCCUUCAAUUGACUGCUCGAUAACAAAUAGUCCUAAAGAGCGCCACCUGUGUAUCAGCCCGUUAAUAGAAGCAGGAUGGAUUUUGGAGGUGGAGGAAGUACAUGGUAAUGUGACUCGUCGCCUGCUCAUGUAAAAUAUAAAAACUGGGGAUGCGGAGAAGACGCUAGUUAAAUGAAGAGCAGGAGUUUUUCUUUUUUGGAUUAGCUACACGAACACAGACAGAACUCCGACUCCAACUCACUGACAACAGCGAUGAAAGCCCAACGUUCGUAGGCAAAUGUUAAAGCCACGCAAGUUGCUUUCCACGGAACCAGUUGCACAUAGAUUGAGUCGCUGAUUCACUGUCAGUGCUAGAUGAAGAUGGAUAGAUGGUGCUGCAUCCAGUAACCGGAGAGUGCUAAAUGUGCUGCUGUGUAAGCAGCCGCAUCUUCGUAUGAUAGACGGCAGAUAACAGCUUAACUGACCGGCAGAGGCGAGCUAGACGCCCCUCGAUGAGCAGCAGCAGAUAGCAGUAGUUCGACGUUUUAUUGAGUUCGCGAAAGGCCUGGAAGACUGGGGAGAUCGCUGCGGAGGAUGAAUCCUAGAGACAGCAUCGAGGUGAUGGACACCCAGGCAGGAGGUCAGAAGGAGAAGCUGGUGGCAGACAAGGCCUACCCUGGAAACGAGCCCGGGAGCGAGGAUGACAAACUCCCCGGGGCGUACGACUGCAGCGUGUGCGGACGCAGCUUCCCGUUCCUCAGCUCACUGUCUCAGCACAUGCGGCGCCACACGGGCGCGCGCCCUUAUAAAUGCCCCUACUGUGACCACCGGGCCUCCCAGAAGGGCAACCUCAAAGUCCACAUCCGCAGCCACAAGCUCGGCACGCUCUCCAGCUACCACUCCAACGAGGACGAGGAGGGCGCCGCCGAGGAGGAGGAGAUGAGCGUCUCGGAGGGCCUCGACGGCGGGACCAGUCCCACCAAGAGCAGCUCGGCCUGCAACCGGGUGAUCAACGGCGACGGCGGCGAGGAGAGCCGGAGGAAAGUGCCUUCGCGGAGCCUGAAGCGGGAGAAGCCACUCACCGACCAGCGGCCGUUCUGCUGCCGCCUCUGCGGCUACGAGGCCCAACGGGAGGACCAGCUCCUCAGCCACAUCGAGAAGGUCCACAUCACAGCGGACGUGGAGGAGGAGACCGCCGUGAAGGAGGAGGUCGUGGCCGAGCCCGACGGCGGCCAGGCCCAAAGCGACGGCUCCUUCCCCUGCGAGACUUGUGGCCAGGUCUUCAGCCAAGCCUGGUUCCUGAAGUCGCACAUGAAGAAGCACGCUGGGAUACUGGAUCACUGCUGCCGCAUUUGCGGGCGGCGGUUCCGCGAGGCUUGGUUUCUGAAGUCCCACAUGAAAACGCACAACACAAAGUCAAGGUCCCGUUCGAAAGCGGACUCAUCCGAGCACCCGGCCACCAUCAACGACGUAGCCCAGGAUCCGGACAUCUCUGCCGGCUCGGUGACGUCGAUCUACCAAAUGUGCUCCAAAUGUGGGAACCUGUUCCACAACAAGGAGAGUCUGAGAGCUCACGAGAAGGUCCACACCCUUAGCAAUGGCAGGAGAAGCCAAAGCCAGUGCAGAACCACUGAGGACGAGGACGAACCACCGGCAAAGAGGCGCCUGCUGGAAUACUUAAGCCUCCAGCCCGUGGAGGAGAAGACACUGGAUGAUGAGGAGUGUGAGAAGAGGAAUCUGGGCCAAAGAAUCCAGGAGCUGGAUCCGGUUUGCAGCUACCAAGCCUGGCAGUUGGCAACUAAAGGGAGAGUUCUGGAACCAAUGGAGCCGAGUUACAAGGGUUCCAAUGGGGGCAACGUAGGGGAAGAAGUCUUCUCCGAUGCAACUGUGGUUUUUGAGAAGGACAGCAGUCGUUACGUCCUGAAAGCCCAAGAGAGGCGCGUCCCGGGCAGGCGCGGCAGCUCUGGGCUCCACGUCUCCACCGGCGACUGGACCCCGGACAGCCUUAGCGACUCGGAGUACCGGCCCUCGUCGCGCCAGGACCGACGGAGGCCCUCGCAGUCGCAGGCGUCCUCCAAGUCCAACGAGUGCUUCGAGUGCGGGAAGGUGUUUCGCAGCCGCCAUCAAAUGAUCGUCCACCAGCGCGUCCACAGGAAGGACGGAGGCAGGGCGUCGGUGGGGGACAAGGACAGAGCAGCACGGGGCGACCGAUGGGGCUCCACCAGCGACCCGGAGUCGGGCUCACCCAGCCGGCCCAGCACCCCGGGGUACGGAGACUCCCCACCAGCCUCCACCCUGGGAAACCAGGCUUCGGAAAUGGGUACUGCAAACUCCGGAGAGCUCUCAGACGUGAAGCCUUACAUCUGCAGCCUGUGUGACUUUGUCACCACAGAGUCUCAGGCGUUUCUGUCCCACGUCCGUGUCCAGCACCCAGCUGCUGCCGAAGAUGGAGCCAUGUCCGGCCGUAGCUCGAGCUCGGACAGAGCCCCCUCCGGUGCUUAUCCCAAGCUGAAGAAAGCUCUUCUACAGGGGAGGACCGGCUCUGCUCGAUCCUCCCCUCCGGAUCCCAGCAUGGUCCCUGUGGAUCUAUGCGUGAGGGCUGAGGGCUGCAGGGGCGUCACCUCCUUAACCGUGGAUAGGAAGAGCCUCCCUAGCCACAAGUGCUCCUUCUGCUCACACUCCACACGCUACCCGGAGGUGCUGUGGAUGCACCAGACUGUGGCCCACCGCAUCAACAGCAGCAGCUCCAACCUGGCUCCCAAAUGGGCCCUGAAGAGCAACUCAAAGGGCUCCAAGGAGAGCCCGUCGUCCAGAAGACGCACUGGUCCCCCACCGGUUCUGGAGGGGAAGGAGUGUCAACCGUUGCCUCCAGUGAUGCCAGUCCAGCGCACACAGCCUCCGCUCAACUCCAGCGAGGCUUUAAAGAAAAGCAGGCCGGCCAGUCAUGCAGCCACACCACCACCACCACCAUCCUCCUCAUCAUCAUCAUCCUCCUCUAUCCCCUCAUCCUCAUUCUCCAGGGCGUCCUCGUCCACCUCAGGCAAACAGGUUGGGAGAGCUUCUGUAAGACCAGGCAGCAGCAGCAAAAACACAGACAACCACAGUCAUCAGUCAUCAUCGCGCUUUAGACCAAAAAUGGAAGUCUACCCUCGGGGAAGCUCCUCCAGCUCCUCGGAGAAAAGCAACGGCUCGCUCUCGCGCCCCUCGGCCCCGAGCCCCAGGUCAGCUCCGGCGUCCAGGAUGGCCGAGCGCUACCUGAUGCCCCAGGAGGGCCUGGGCUUCAUGCUGUCCAGCAAACACGGCCUGGCCGAGCACAGCCGCGCCCGGGGCCCGGCUCACCAGCCCCGGACCUCCCACAGCCAGAGCCGGGCCAGCGCCACCAGGCCCAGCGCCAUCGCCCACGGCCACGGCGGCGCUCCGCAGACCUCCUCUUCCUCCUCGUCCUCCUCUUCGUCUCUGCCUUCGGACGCGUACAGGGAAGCGAAGCAGGAGCCCAUCGCGGAGGCCCAGGAAAUGCCCACGGACGUGUUCGGCUUCCUGAAGAACUACAGCCCCCACGACCUGGCGGCGCUGUACCACCGCUGGGGCUCAGCCAACGCCCUGCUGGAUCCCACCGGGGCGCUAAGGUCCCUCGUGCGACAGGGACAGUAUUUCUGUCACGAGUGCGGGAAGAGUUUCAGUCAGCCCAGCCACCUGCGCACACACAUGAGGUCCCACACAGGGGAGAGGCCAUUCUGCUGCAAGCUCUGCCCAUACCGAGCCUCUCAGAAAGGGAACCUAAAGACGCACGUCCAGAGCGUCCACCACAUGCCUUUUGACAACAACCAGUACCUGGACACGAGGAGGUUGUUGCUGAGCCAGGAGGCGCAUGGAGCUCAGGCUGCCAAACACCCAUCGACGCCACAAAAACAGUAAAGCCCCUGAUGAGCGUCAACAAAUGACCGGAUACACCAUUCCUACGAUCGGAGGAUGAAAGAAGAUGGAAGAAAUGACUCACUGUUGACUUUAGAAGAACUUUCCGCAAUCAAAGGUUUUGGAGUGUUUGAGUUUUUAUUAUUGUUGUUAAAGUUAGUUAGAGUGAAUUGGGAAUUCUCAGAUUCGAGGCCAUGAAAGGUUAAAAGUUCAGGUGUCAUGUGAGCACACAAGAAGAAGAAGACUUAAAAGAGCAGCGUGUCCAGUGUUCAGUAGAAAUCCUGACGUUUAGUCUUUAUUUGGACAGAAAGUUGUUUGCAGUUCACAUACAGGAUCGUAAAAAGAAGAAGAUGGAGUAGAGUUUUUUUUUAUAUAAGUGAAAUAAGCAGACUUAAAUGGAGACGGGAGAACUGUGGCGUUGCAUGGCUGCUGCGGUCGCCCCCUGCUGUCGCGAGAGACAGGAAAUGAGGCUCUGGACUCCGAGGUCUCCAAGAAAACACCUCUCGUGUGCGAGCGCGUGUGAGGCGUAAGGUUAUAAGUCAGCAGUGACCGCCCGGAUGACUAGAGGGAGCAAGAGAGCUCAGGAGAAUCAGGAUUAAAGCGAGCGAGAGAGAGAGAAACGCUAAUGGCGGUGUACGCUUUAGUGCUCAUUAGAAAAAAGUGUAUGUUUUUAAUAGCCAAUAUAAAUGAAUGUACUGUUUUUUAUGGUCAUUCAGUUAUUCUCCAUUUAGGAGGAAAAGGUUUCCACUACAACGCCUUCAUAUUAAUGACGGUUCCCCACUGAGACUGAGCUGUGGGGGCGGCAGGUAGACGUGGAAUACACAGAUUAUAAGGAGAAUACGGUACCGCAGAUAAAGAUGUAUCUCCAUCUUGUGUUGUUAUAUUUUUACAGGAAUAAGAUAUAAUCUUAUUCUCGCUGGCUGCGAGCAGCGCACAAUGCCUCAGCCCAGAACGACUUUCCUCUCAUCGUGGAAUAUUGUGAGUCUCAUUUUGGUCCCUGAAAUAAAUCAAAAUAUCUCCAUGAAUCCAUCUGAGAAGGGAAAAUCAAAGCCAAAGCUGACCGGCUGCUUCGCAUUUAACAUUUUCCAUGCUCACGGCCUGUCUAUCAAUGCAUUUUUUUAAGCUAGUCUCAUUAAUGCAUUGCAGAAACAGUGGAGGAGGCAGACGAUGACGUUGUCAGUCAGCCAGAGGUCAGGGGGUCGUUUGGGGACAGUGAAGACGUUGUGCCCAGUGGUCACGGCCUUAACGCAGGUGUGAGUCAGUUGAGUCAGAGCACCUAGUGAUGCUUUCCUCUCCCCUCAGCUCACCCUGAGCGAGUAGGGGGAUACUUUCUUUUGGUGCCCUGUGCUUUGAUCCGACGUUUGAAAAGCCAUGCUUUGAUACUCUGGGGAGAAGACGGAGAGAAGAAAGACAGCUUGUCCAGCUUGAAUGCGACACCAGAACCUGUCAGUCAGAGACGUCUUUGUUUCCCAUGCCACUUCCACGUUAAGCAUACACAGUACUGUACUCCUGGUCUACAGCCUCAGUAGUUCUACAUGGUGAUCUCUUUAGAUAUGCAGACAAUGUUGUGCGCUUGAAUAUGCCUAAUGAUACACAGACGUGUGUACUGAUGGUGUGAUAGUAAAAAUACUUGAAAUGGAUACUCUAGCCUUGGAGGUAGUGUAGUACUAAUACCAAUGUUGUACAGAAUUCCCUUUAAGACGAGCUCCUCAGUUCCGAAUUUGUACUCCGAAGUGUGACUUAGACCAUGUGAAGCAGGAGCGAGCGUGUGUAACAUACGGUGUACAUGUGUAAUCCUCUAUUACCAAACCCUUUAUAUACAGCAGUAGAAACCAAAUGGCAUUACUAGUGCACUUAGACUAGGUUACUGCUUUAACCGCUCACUUUUAGCUAAGGUUUCGUUGAGAAUGUGCCGGCUAACACACGCGUCACUGUCAGGUCUGCUUUAGAGAUUUGUUUUGUUUUAUUCCAUAUUCCAUAGAUUUAAAUGACUAAUGAUUUGUGGCUUCUGUUUCCAUUCGGAUGUAGGGGUGUGUUGUGUCUUUGCUAAGCUGUAGGGUGUGUUCAGUAGCUGGUCAUGGCUGCCCCCCCCCCCCACCGGGGCUGCCAGACAACCUCCUUUCUUCUUUGGAUGGGUUUUUAUCAUGCUUUUUAAGUUGUAUUGUUUGUGUUCGCGUUGCUUUUUUAAAAGUUGUUAUGAACUUCAUGAUUAAUUUACCUUUAGAAGACAUUAUUAUUCCAAAUGUAUUUGGUUUGCUAUCUGUAUUUAUUAUCACUUCAAACAAGGAUGAGAGGACGCAGGCCGACAGGAGCGUUUGUUUUAAUUAGAUUAUUCUGGGUUGUUUUUUGUUUUUAUACUGUGUAGUUUUCAAGCCAGCAAGCCCAUGUGAAAGCUCUACCUCGUCUGAGCCAUUCUCAGUUCUGUUACACUUUUGUACAUCAUUUCAAGAAGAUGUAAUGUCAUGUCCACAAUAAAGACACACAAAAUGGCACCUGU